UUGAUUUAUCUCAUCGUUCUUAUGAUUAUAAAUUAGAUUUUUAGAUUUUAGUAAAUAUCAUUUAAAGUUAAAUAUCUCUGUACGAAUUCGAUUAUUUUCACGGACACGUGAUAUGACGAACCAAUCAUAUGAUCCAGCUACGAAUAUCGAUGUGGUGCAUGAAGAUGAGAUUGAAAUUUGCUCGUACAUACACCGUACAACGUAAUACAUAAGUGUAUUGCUAAUGUUUUAACGAAUAUACAGAGGAAACAGUACGACCAAAGGAAAAUGAAGUUGACAUGAAGUUAUUGCUAUAUAAUAUUCUUUUAUAUACAAGUCCAACUUGGGACAAUUGUAAUGCUAUAUUAGAAAGAUGACAAUAUUUAAUUAGGAAAUAAUUAUAAUGCAAUUACACGUAUAUUAGAAAAAAUUGGAACAAUUCGCUAAUCAUGUCUCUGUUGGAAGAAAUAUCUCAUCAUCCGCUAUUGGCAAAUGAGCCAAUGGAUAAUUUAUAUCUUGCACUGAUACAAUGCUUUGCAAUUAUAUUGUGCGGAUAUGUUGCAGGAAGAUUUGAUGUCAUUACUAAAACUGAAGCAAAUGGUUUAAAUACUUUUGUAGGAACAUUUGCUUUGCCUUCCUUAAUUUUUAUGUCACUUGCAAAACUUGAUUUUAGUUUAGUAAACUGGAGAUUCCUUCUUGCUGUGUUAUUAGCUAAAAGUUGUGUAUUUUUUAUUGUUCUUGGCGUAUCUCUAGUCAUUAAAAGACCAUCAAACCCUGGUUGUGCUGCACUGUUUGCAAUAUUUACUACGCAAAGUAAUGAUUUUGCCAUUGGAUAUCCUAUGAUUGAUGCUCUGUAUGGAAACACUCAUCCUGAAUAUGCUGCAUAUCUGUACCUAAUGGCACCCAUAUCUCUGGCUAUUUUAAAUCCAAUUGGUUUUGUGCUAUUAGAAAUUGGCAAAAGUUCUGGUGAAAAUCAUAGAAGUUAUAAAAAUAUGAUUUAUUCCAUUACAAAAGGAAUUGCAUUAAAUCCAGUGCUUCUUAUGACUAUACUUGGUAUUCUAGGAAAUCUAAUCUUUAAACAUCUAGUACCACCUGCACUUGCAACUGUUCUUGAUGUAUUUGGUAAUGCUUUCUCAGCCAGUGCUCUUUUCCUGUUGGGAUUGAUGAUGGUGGGAAAAGUACACAAAUUAAAGGGCACAGCCCUUGUUAUACCGGGCAUAUUAAUAUCAGUAAAAUUGUUGGUGCUUCCUUUAGUGAUAAGAGAAUCCAUUAUUCUUUUAAAUGCUGGCGAAAAUGCUACAGCUACUCAAGAUUUGAGUACAUAUGGAUUUUUGUAUGGUACUAUUCCAACAGCACCGGCUUUAUUUAUCUUUACUCUUCGAUAUAAUCUUGAAAUUGAUUUAAUUGCAUCAGCAAUGGUUGCUUGUACCUUCUUAUCUGCUCCACUCAUGUUCAUAUCAGCAAAAUUAAUUGAUGCUGUUUCUUCUGGAAACACCCCAACAGAUUAUUCACAUCAAUUGAAUGUAUUUUCUUUUGAUGUGAGCAUUGCUUCAGCAACAAUUUGCGUAUGGUUAAUUCUUUGUUUCGUUGGAUUAGGACGAAAAAAGUACAAGUGUGUUACUCACCAAUGUACAUUGUGUAUUAUAAUUGCACAGUUUGCUACAGCGAUUGGUGUCAUAAUUUGGACCAAACUUGAAUCUCAUAAUAACGGAUCGAUAUUAUGGUACAUACAGUUCAUUUUGAUCACAACGGGAGUAUAUGCAAGCCGUAUGUGGACGACUGCGAUAGCUGCAACCUUGUUGUAUUUAAGUUCUCGUUCUUUGGACUUCGUGCGAAACAUACAGAAAUGGUUUUAUCCUAUUGGAUGGGGGGUUCCACUUUUGAUAGUAACCAUAAUGUGUAGUACGAUAUCUCCAAAGAACUCUGACCUUGAUUUUAGAAAUCCUAAUUUUCAGCUUGGUAGAAUUCAAGCUGCAACUUCUACUUUUAUACUGACAUUUUGUUUUAUCGUAACACUAGGUUGUUUGGUUUUACAACAGCGGUAUCAACGCCGACAUGUUUCGACGUUUUAUACUAAUUUACCAGAUAACGAAGAAAAUUCUAAUAAUGAUGGUAUAGAAAGAUGUUUGGUAGAUGUUGAAGAUCUUGUUUCUUCAACUUCACCUACACCAAUUAUCGGCUGCGAAUAUCCAAAUGGGUGUUCAAAUGGAGUAUGCAGAGGCAGCAACAAUGAAAUUGAUGACUGUGACGCACAUUUAAACAAUAAUAACGAAGAAACCGAUCCACAGUCUCUUCGACACCUCGUAUUCCUUAUUUUACUUCUUUGUUCUAUGUUUAUUGGCUUAUCCAUAUCAAUUGGAACAUUAAUAAUGGAGCAGUUGACUGGCAUUUAUGCGGAACUAGCAUUCUUGGAUGUAGCUUUGAACUUUGGCCAAUCAUUAAUUGCAUUUGCCAUUUUUGGAUUAGAUCCCGGCUUUGGGAAAUUAGGAUGCUGGUUACGACGAAUGUGUCGUAAAUGGCGCGAAAAAGAAUUGCAGCUUCCUUCCGAAGAUGCGCUAAGUCCAGAAGUAAAGGCAAUACGGGAUCAAUUUAAUCGUUGUCACUUAAGUGAAUGUCGUGCUCGUAUAGCUAUAUGUCGUAGACGCUUGUUAAAAGUACACAGAGGUGUUUUCACCGGAACCGAUUUAGUUAAUUGGUUACUCGAAGCUGGUAUUGCGCAAAACAGAGACGAAGCUGUACAAUAUGGUCGGAGCUUAUUAGAAAGCAGAGUUUUGCAACACAUCGAUAGUACGCAUCACUUUCACGAUCAGAACAUGCUUUACACUUUCGAUACCUAAGACAUUUUUAAUGAGUUCCAUGCAAUUCAAAUGUAUUUUACAUUAUUUAUUUUUUUAACACUAUUUUUUUUUCAAUUCUACAAAGUAGAGUGUUUUCAUGGUAAAAAUAUUUUUAACUUAUACUAUUUUACUUUAAUAUAUAAUUAAAAAUUU